CCUCCCCCUCCCCCCCCUCCUCCUCCUCCUCCUGCCACCUCGCCUCCCCUCCGCCUUCUUGUCCGUCGCCCCUCCCCCGGUGUGCGUGUGUGUCUGUGCGCGAGUGUGACGGCGGGAGCGAGAGAAAGCGAGCGGGAGAGAAACAUUAUCGCGAGUCGCUCUCGCGUGCGGAAUGGAUUCGCCGGUCUUCAGCUGAGACAACAACUCGCUCGGGCUGAAACUUCCUCGGCUGGCUCCCCGAUUCCCAGCUCCCUCGCCUCUUCCCCUGCCCCAGAGGAUGAACGAGCAGCAGCUCGUCGGCUCCGGGCCUGGCUCUUUCCUCUCGGACCCCGGGGCCGCGGUGCAUGAUCCUGGUGUCGGUGGUCGGUCGGACUCCCUCUUCACCGCCUAUCCACCCCAGCACUUCUUCUCGGACGGAGGGGCCCUCUUCGACCCGGGGGUCGGCGGGUCACCGGCCACGCCGCAGGUAGCCAUGAGCCCCUUGCAUGAGGCCCCGGGCCAUCAUCACCAUGCCCAUUACCCGGGCCACUCCUCGCAUCCGCAUCCGCAUCCGCAGCAGCAGCAGCAGCAGCAGCACCAGGCCCCACACCCCCAUCCGCCGCCGGCGCCACCGCCAUCGUCGCAGCAUAUGCCGCAGCAGCAGCACCGGCACCACCUCCACGGGGAUGCCCCUGCCCCGGGGCAGCACUAUCACGCAUCCCCGGCCGGGGGCUCCGCCGGGCACCAAGCACACCCGGCCUCCUCGGCGCCGUACUAUCAGGCGCCACUCCAACACCACUACCCCCACCCCGGCGGCCAGUCUCCCGGGCCACUGUCAUCGCCUUCUGCCGGCGGGGCUCCUCGUGAAGUGCAUCCCCCUUCCGGUGAAGCUGGCAAAUUCCGCGACGACGCCAAGAUGCUCUCGCCGCCGGAGCCGGCCUCCGGUAACGGUGGAGGCGGUCACCAGCACACCACGCGCCGGCCAUCGAGCGACCUGCCCGGAAUGGUGGUCGCCGGGCGGCCGCAUCUGGACAUCACCCCCAACAGCCUGGGCCCCUCAUCGCUGCACUCCUCCAGUGGGUCCCUCACACCGUCCAUCUCCUCCGACAGCUCUCUCAGCCUGUACACGCCGGUUCCCUCGUCAUCGGACGCCUGCUCUACCGGCGUCUCGCCGACCACCAGCCGCCGGGGGUCGCUCGCCUCGCAGAGCUACUUCUCCGCCAUGGGUCCCGGCUCGGCCGGUCCACCCCCGGCUCCCGGACACCUGUACCAUCCGAUGCAUGGUCAUGGACCCCCGGCCGGGCAGCACCAUCACGCGCCGCAUGCGCACCAUGGCCACCAUGGCCAGCAGCAGCCGGGCGCCGCCAGCGCCGCCGCCAUCAAUGGCGGCCCCGGUGGCACCCUGACCGGCGGCUCGUUGCCGGUGUCGCCCGAUGCGCUGCUCACGUCGACCAACCCGCUGAACUCGGACUCCGGCUUCUUCUCGCCCAAGUCCCCGGCAGCCGAUUUGUCCUCGGGCCGGAUGAUUCACUCCGGCCCGGGGCUCCUGGUGUCCGGGUCAGCCAGCUCGCGCUCGUGCCCGGUAUCGCCACUGACCAGCUCCAGUGGUGGUGGUGGUGGUGGUGGUGGUGGUGGUGGUGGUGGUGGUGGUAGCAGUAGUGGCGGCGGCGGCGGCGGCGCCGGGUCGCCCUCGGCCCGGCCCGGCCCCCAGCCCCAGCUGGCUGCCCUGUCUCCCACGUCGCCCCCUGGGGCCGGGGCCCCGGUGGGGGGAUCGCCCGCGCCGGGCACCACCAGCACAGCGGCCCCCGCAUCGCCCUCCAAUGCCUGCUCCUCCUUUGCCAUGUAUUCCAGCCCCGUGGUGGAGCGCAUGCCCCCCGAGGGGGCUGCCGCCACCCGGCAUCAGGCACCCACCAGUGGCGCCCCCGCGGCCGAUGGCGUGCCUCCGGUCACCGCGCCGGGAGCGCCUGGCCCGGCUCCGGGCCGCGGGGACAGCGCCCCCGGCAAUCCCCCGGCCGCCGGUCGCGAGUCCAUGCGCUCGGCCAAGGACCGGCCCACCAUCGACACCCGGUGCAAGGUGUCGCUUCCGGCGGCCGGCGCGAGUGCCAGCUCCGCUGGCCCCCCGGCUGCCGGGUCGACCGGCGUCACCGCUGGGAAUGGCGUCUCCGGCGCUUCGAGCAAGUCCCCGGGGGACUCCUCCGAGCCCCCCUCUCCCGGCUCGGAUCCCGGGCAGGAUGACGACAUGAAGGAGGAUUCCGACGCCACUGGGACCCCUUCCUCCGAGCAAUCCAAUGUCUUCCAGUGCAAGUGGGGCGACUGCCGGGAUGAGUUCCUCUCCGCGCGCGAGCUGAUGGAGCAUCUGCAUGAUGUGCACAAGCCGGAGAAACAGUGCCAGUGGCGCGGCUGCAACUAUGUCAAUGCCCCGGGCAAGACCUACAAUCUGAAGGUCCACCUGCCGAAGCAUCACCGGUACCGGGCAUACCAGUGCAACAUCUGCCAUCGGACAUACCGGCGGGAUGAUUCCCUGCGCAGCCAUCGGCAGCGCGCUCACAAUAUCUCGGUCACGGCCAGCCUUACUGCCACCAUGCCCAGUGUGGUGUCCGGUGUCGGGGUGGGCCCCGGCGCGGCCGGUCUCCUCCCCGGCACCAUGGGGCUCAUGGAUCUCGGGGGGAUGUCCGGCCUGGGGCGCGUCGGGCAGAUGCAAUUCCUCGGUGCCGAGGCCCUGGCCACCGGGAUGGUUGGAAUGCCGGUGGUUCCCGGCGGCGAGUAUGCCGCCUUCGACUUGCAGACCAUGCGUCUGCAGCAGCAGCAACAGCAGCAGCACGCACAUCAGGCCCCCGGUGCGCUGGCCCGCUCGCCGAUGGGCAUGUUCCCCCCCGGUGCCGGGGGCCAUCCGUCACAAUCGCAGCCCCAGCACGCGGUCGGCGGCCCGAUGUCGCAUCACCACUUCCCCUCGGGCAUGGGCCUGGGCCAGCCGCCGCCGCCGCCGCCGCCGCCGCCGCCGCAGGCCUUCGGCCACCCGCACCAGGCCCAUCCGUCGCACCAGUCGCAAAAUCCCCCCUCCGGCAUGCACUACAUGCAGGGCACCGCCUCCCUGGCGGCCGGGCCCCCCGGGAAGAUGUCCUUCACGCCCAUCCUGGAGAUUGGCCCGCUCGGGGUGUCGGACCCCUCGCGACUGACUAUCAGCCAUUCGCCGACGGUGGGCUUCUCGGCCGCCGGGCCCGGGGCCGCCCGGACGGCCGGCGGUCCAUACGAGCAUCAUGCGCCGCCGGCCGUCGGCCGGGCAAUGGCCGCAUCGCCGGUCGGCGGCCCGACGGGCUUUGGCCUUCGCCGUGCCAUCACCCCCUCGGCCGGGGACCUGCCAUCCAUGGCCACCGGGGCCGGCAGCGAGUAUGGCAUGGGGACCACCCCGGCCGGGGCCGCCCCCAGCCCGGUCGGAAUGGGCCCCGGGAAGUAUGACUUCCAGCCGGGGGCCAUAUUGGCGGCUAAGGCCACCGGCCGGCGGCCGCUCAUGCGGCACUCCGCCAGUGCCGGGUCCCUGCCAUUGGGAGCCGGCCAGCAUCACCCAUACCAGUACCAGCAUCAGGGCCAUCACCCCCCGUCGCAGCACCAUCACCUCCAUCCGGCCCACGGGCGCCCUGAUUCCCUGGCCAGUGGCGGCGGCAUGCCGCCCUCGACCAGCGGCACCUUCGACUCGGCCUCCCCGACGGCCGGCUUGCCUGGAGGUCUUCUCGGGAGCACCGGCGACCUGCGCGGCAGCCCGGCCAAUGUGCUGCCUCCGGGGGCCGUGAAAUCCGUGCCCCUGCAUGGGGACUUCAGCCUGCCGCACUUUUCCCCGCCCCCCGGGGCCAUGGCGGCGGUUCCCGGCGGCUUCUCGCAGUAUGCCAGCCAGCAGUCGCCGUUCUCCUCGCAGCAGCAGCAGCCGCAGUCGCAGCAGUAUUCCUCGCAGGCACAAUAUGCCCCACAGUACCAGCCGCAUCCGCACGCGAACCAUCCCCACUCGCAUCCGCACCUGCACACGCCACUCCAUUCGCAGCAGCAGCAGCAGCAGCAUGCCGGUGGCAGCAACCACCAUGCGCAGAUGGUCAUCAGCCCGUUGCAGCCUGAUGCUGCGCAGCCGGCCAACUCGUCGACUGCCGGGCCGGAGGUUACCCUGCGCUCGGCAGCCUCGUACCAUGGUCAGGACCUGGAUGCCGGCCUGGGAGCGGGGCUCCUCGGUCCCGCCCGACGCACAGACCUCUUCGGAGCCCGGGCCGUGGCCGAGGUGCCGGAUGCCGGUGGCGCCUCGGCCCUCGGGCCGGGCCCGGUUCCGGACACCGGCUCCAUCGAGUACCUGUCUCAACACCACCCGGAUCCGGGCGCCGAGUCGGCGACCAAUGUCGCGGCUGGCCCGCCAAGCAGCGGCUCUGGCCGGGGCAUGAUCUCGUCCAUGAGCUCGCCCAACCUGCCACAUCCGUCCUCGGUGGCGGCGGCCCUCUAUCCGAAGGUGGUGGUCCUGCCCACCUCGCCGGGGGGCGGGGCGACCAGCGCCGGAGGCACCAACCCCGCCGGCAGUAUGGCCCAGGUGACGCCCAUUUCCGGCACCAAUACCCCGGUGCAGGAGCAGUCUCCCCAUGCGGCCGGCCCCGGGGGCGGUCCCGGCGAGGCCCCCUGGCGAGCUGGCGACAAUGCGGUCGCCGCGACGCGCGCUCUUCAUCAUCACCCGCAUCUCCACCCGCAUCUCCAGCCCCUGGUGCACCACUCGCAGCAGCAGCAACAGCAGCACCCCCCGCACCUGUCCCACCUAACGGUCGAGGCGGGCGUUGGCGGGCCCGGCGGUGGCGGCGGCGGCGGCGGCCCGCACGGGCAUCAGGGCAUGACACACUCGGCCUCGGCCGGGCACCUGGUUGGCAAGGCCUCCUUGUCGGCCCUGUCGCCGCCCAGCCCCGGGCCCAUGGCAGGUGGCAAUGCUGCCGGCGCGGCGCCUUUGUCGCCACAGCCGAACAAACUCCGGCGGAGCUGUGGCCCGCUGCACUUCCCCCAUGUGGUGACCAGCCCGCCGCCGGCUUCCUCGACAGCUGCCGGCGGCAGCAGCAGCACCACCACCACCACCACCACUACCAACGGCGGCAGUGGCACCCCCGUGUCCCUGGCGGGAUUCGAGUAUGAUGGUGCCGGCAUGGUCCGGUCAUUCUCGGACUCGCGCCUGGCGCCGCGCGACCUGGCCAUCGUCCCGCCCGGCGGCGGUGCUGCUGGUACAGGCAUUCGCACUGGCGGGCACAUCCCGGCCGCCGGGUCGGCUCUCGGCCCGCACCGGCAGUCAGGAGCCGUUUCCGGCGGAGCCACCGGGGCCAGCACUGCCGCUCCCUCGCCCUCGCCAGGCGGCCCCUACUCCGGUGAUGUGCUCCCGGCGGCCGCCCCGGGGUCGGCGUCCGUGACCAUUCCCCCCCAAUCGCUGAAGCGCCCGCGUGGCGGAAGCAACGACGUGGAGGCAAUCUCGACCCCGGUCGGCGCGGCCGACGGUGUCGGCCAGUCCAUCCUGCUGUCGUCCACCAGCGUGUCGACCCCGGUCGGCCCGGGCCCUGGCCCGAUGUCCGGCUUCCGGCCACACAUUCUCUCCGGCUCCAUCGGCCACCUGCCGACGUCCUUCUCCUCUUCCUCCCUGACCACCCUCUCCUCCAAGUCCAUGCCCAAUUCCCCCGGCAGUCGGUCGGUGGACAAUCUCCACAUGUCGGCCAAUAGCGCCCUGGCGGUGGCCAACUUCGCCAUUGCCAAUGGGGCUGGCGCCGGCCCGGCAGCCGGCAGCCUCCCGCACGCGGCCACCGACUCGCGUGCCGAGUCUCCCGGGCCUGCUUGGGCGGCCGCGGCCGCCACCGCCGGCGCUCCCCCCGGGUCCUUCCACUCUUCGCAGCCGCUGCAGCAGCAGCAGCAACAGCAGCAGCAACCGCAACAACCACAGCACUCCGGCACUCGCGGCGGGCCUGACAUGGCCGGCAGCCAUGUGCUUGCGGCCGAGGCGCCAGCUGUUGGUUGGACCCUCCCCUCGGGCAGCCUUCUGGCUGACGAGGGGUUCACGCGCCUGGUCGACGAAUCGGAAAUCAUCCCGCGCGUGUCCCUGCCCUAUGCCAUGAUGCAUGGUGGGGGCAUGGCCGGCCCGAAGAUCGAGUCGUACCAUUCGCAAUCGCUGCCGCACCCCCAGGCGGCGGCCUACCAUUCCCACCAGUCGGCGUCGUCGUACCAGAUGUCGCAGCAGCAGCAGCAGCAGACUCAGUACUACUCGCCAUACCAGCAGUACCCCCUGCAACAGCAGCAGCAGCAGCAGCACCACCACCACCACCACCACCAUCAGUCGGCACCAUACCAGCAUGGCGGGUCGCGCGUGCUCUCGCUCGAUAGCUUCCCCCAGGCUGAGGACGCCGGGCGCGGUGGCGGGCCCUGGCUGGAUCAUUCUCAGGCAGUCCCCCUGCACUUGACGGCUUCGGCGGACUUUGUGGGCGGCCCCUAUGGUGGUGCUGCCGCCCCGCCGUCCGACACCGCGACGGCGGAGCCCCCUCCACCGGUCCCCGGGGGUGGCCCCUCAUAUGGGUCCCUGCGGCGAACUUGACACCUCUCUCCAUCCGCCGCCGGCUCCGCGGGAGAGAGAUACCCACACUCUCCCCUCGCUCGGCCCCUCGCCGCCCUCCUUCGCCCAUGCAGAUGCUCUCCUUUUUGCCUUUCCUUGCAAUUUUCCCCUGCCCCCCUUUCUCCCACCCUUCCCCCCGCCCAGGCCUCAUGCCUUGCAGGGAAACAGUUCCUUCCCUGCCCCGCGAGCAUGCUCUUUGUCUUCCCUCCUCUGCCCCUCGGCGCCUCCCCUGCGCGCCCCCUGCGGGGGAAGCGGGAGGUGGGGGGGGGGAGGGGGGGUACACCCGAAUGUGCGGCUGUCAGAGAGGGGGCGUGCGCGGGGCCUCGGCGCAGGGUGAAGCCACAUUCCGGCGAUGCGCGAGCUGGCUACCGGCCCUGCCUCGAGCAUCGCUCCCCAUACACAGAUGUCUUCUUGCCACAUUCAUGGACGCCACACAUGCGGGCACCGCCUGUGUCCAUGUUUGUAUUUUUACAUGGACCCAUGUCAAAUGCCCCCAUACGCGCAUCGGGAUCUGGCACCGUCAGAUGUCAAUACAUUAUCCUCUUCUUAGCUUGUCUGCCUUUCUCUUGACUCGCCUCGCCUCGCGCCCCUGCAUGCCGGGAGCGCCACCCGCCGAGCGCGUCCUGGAUCGUUGCUGGGGCCUUUUUU